AUGGCGCAAGCCGAGUGACCGAGUCGGAGGGAACUGGAAGCUUGCAAGGGCACUGUACAUUUGGUGCUGGUAAGAAGCUACAAAACAGUCCGUUUCUCAAGAGCGUUGUUGUCGUGAAGAGCCUUUUCUACACGCACAGUUUUUUUGGAUGCUAGAGGACUCUGAAGAAACGUUGGAUAGAGAACUUUCAAUGCACUCGGUCGCUACAACGGUUGCCCAGUCGAAUGGCUCGUCUCCAAGACAAAUCCAAUCGAAUCCAAUCAAAGAAGAUGCUCACCUCGAUGGAUGGAGACAAAUCAGUGAAAAGUUGAUCGACUUGGCGGUGGGUGGCGACGAGGAUGUAAUGAGAUAUGGAGACUUGAUCGUGAACGAGAAAGCGAUCAGGAGAUUUCUUGCUGCGAACAAAGGCAAUGUGGACAAGGCCUUGCACCAGUUUGUCAAGCACUUGAAAUGGCGCGAAGAAUAUCAGCUGGACGCAAUUGUCGAAGAGGACUUCUCGGACAUGCUCGAGCUGAAUGAAAUCUACUGGGCAGGGAAGGAUCUGGAGGGUGUUCCUACUCUCACCUGGCUCUUGCGGAAGCAUGAUGCCAAACGGCAAAGCGCUGACCGUUUCGUGAGAUUCCUCGUCUUUCAAAUCGAGCGCGGCUUGAGGGCCAUGCCGGACUAUCCGAAUGGGAGGUUCAACAUAGCAGUGGAUCUGUCGCACGUGGGAUACAGCAACAUGGAUCAUGAAAUGUCCGUUAAGCUCCAGGCUGUGUUGACACAGAAUUACCCCAAAGUCAGGAAGGCCUUGUAUGUCUUCCCUGUCAAUUGGUUUGUUCAGCUUUUCUGGGACACGCUGUUGAAACCUAUUCUUUCGACUCUUCAACCUGACAUCGAGGAUAAGAUCUGCCCUCUGCGGGGAGACUACAAGGCAGAGCUUCUGAAACGCUUUGACAUCAGUGAGAUUGAAAUCGCAUUUGGUGGAGAACUUGACGUCGAAGGUCGCAAAAAUCCCAAGUUUGUGCAAUACAUUCCAAGGGCUUAUUGCGUUGAUGUGAAGCGAGAGAACGAUGAGUUGGUCAACAGUCAGCCAAUUGCUCCUGUGGUAGAGCAAGUCGGACAGACGAAUCACAAGGAGCUUGAAGAUAAUUCAGAAUCUGAGUACGACACACCAGACGCAUCACCGGUAAUACAACCGUUAACUGCAGAUGAAACGAUUCCACCUAUGGAAGAAAAGUACGAGGACAACAAGGGGAACUCUUUGCAGACAGAAGACAAGGAGCAGGAGAUGAAAAAAUCCAACAGGGAUGUCACUGAGGGCUCGAAGUUCAAUCCCGUCGAAACUUCUCACAGGCAGAAACUUGUUGAACUGAACGACGAGACUCUCAGAGUCUUGCUGUGCAACGGCCACAAAUACGUGGAGGGCAAUGGCCACAAAUACGUGGAGGGCAGCGGUGACGACAACCUUAAUAAUGAUCAGCACACAACAUCCGCAGGGGAAGUUUCAGCGGAGCCCGAGCAUGCUAGCCUGCAGGCUGAGGACGAAGGGGUUGAUCGUGAACGGUCAGCGAUCCACCUGGGAGCUCGCAGGGGAUCCACUGAAGAGGCUGGAUCCAGUGAGGGCAGAGAUGGGGAACUGGAUGGGAAGGAGGAGAAGCAAGUUUUGUUUGACCUGGGCAUGGCAUUGGCAGCAAGCACACAGCUACUGCCGUCACCUGUUGCUUCCCUCCCACACCCGACGGGGAAGAAGGGUUCGGAGGAGAACCAUGCGGAAGACGACAACCCGUUGGAGUUCUUCAUGUCGCAAGUAGAGGUGUUCCGAUUAUUGCAAGUCAUCAUGAGAUGACGAUCUAUUCUCAAAUCGACGACAAACGUGGCAUCGUGUUUGCGGGCGCUCUUCUUGCAAGGCAUCCAGGCAGUGUUUUAUACAUCAGACGUGACAUUCUCACAUAUAUGUGCUGAAUUCAGUGAAUCAAGUUUAUAUUCC